AUUGACGACUCUGACACGAAGGGGGUUUAUCCUGUCGACAAAACAUCUUUUGGAAGGUAUACUGUACCAUGGAUAAUUUGCAGUUGUAAGUCUCGAGAGAUCAGCCUCAGGCCAAAAUUCUGCUGGAUACCGGCAUGCACGGACUCUCAUAAGAGAAUUUCUGGUGUUCCGCUCGAUCAGGGAUGAAGAAACUCAUUCUUGUCGACGCUCUGCUGAAGCCUGCAAAGUACCAUAAAACAACCCCAUCAGCAGUGGACUGGUGGAUUGCCGGAGCUGCUUUUUUUGGAGGCACUUGUUUUGUGAUUGGGAGCUUCAGUGGGAGCUCACAGCUGGAGGUGAAGCCUAAAGCUGGGCUCACCAGUGCUUACACAUGGCUGGUGUAUGUCACCUUUUGUCUGGGAAGCUAUCUAUUCACAUUGGGAUGCUUCCUUAUAACCGUUGCAGCACAGAAUGAAAGAUUCCAAGAGAACUACUCCUCCUGGAAGGUGCAGCCUGAUCUCAACACGAGGCCUAAAUACAGAUGGCUGGGGAUUAAAUCUCGGAGCGUUGCCUGGUGGGGAGGGGUUGUUUACACGUUCGGAGCAGUCCUGUACAAUAUUGGCACGACAGUCAGUCUGGCUGAUCAGUUUGAGAGUGUGGUGUUGUCCCCAACUGCUCAGCUUGUUCUGGAGAGAGUCACAUUUCUGGUGGGAGGAGUGGGGUUUCUCCUGGGCGGAGCUUCCUUUGUGCUGGAGAGCAAGGGCUGGCGCUUUUUGGAAGGUAUUUUAGUACCAACAAGUAGGAACGAUUUGGCCAGCCUUGAUUACUGGGUGAAUUGGCUGAAUUUCUGGGGAGGAGUGGGAUUCUUUGCAAGCGGCGUAUUUGGGAUGGUCCCAAAUCUGGACACAAUAGUAUUCUAUGUGGAGAAUGCCAUUGGGUUUGGAUUGGGAAGCUGUUGCUUCUGGAUGGGUGGCCUGCUGCUUUUUGUGAAAAUGUCCCUAGAUCAAGAGGCAGAAGCUCAGUAUGGGAGCCUCACAGAAGACCGUCUCAAGGGUGACUCUGCAGGCAGCAUAGCUCUGUCCACAUUGUCAGAGCCAUAGAAUUGAAGAGUACAAUUUAUAGAUUCAUAUGCAGUGCAUAGGACGCUGCAGUGCAGCAUUAUCAGAAGCCUUUCCUCAGGAGAGAGCGCAGAAGUAGGAUGCGCACUGCCAAAGAUGGCAUGGUGCUCUGCAGUAUUGCAGUGUGCUCCACAGCUGAGCAUCACUGCUGCCUUUGUGC